GGAAUCUCCCGCCGUUAUACACUAAGGGACAAAUUGUGGAGAAUUCACUGGGAUUUGAACAUUUGUAGCUGAAAAUCCAAUAAGGAAGUUUUGGCAUAAAAUUCACGAUUUCCAGAGAAUUCCCAAAAGUUGAAUAAUGUGGUUAACACGUUCAGGAUUCCCACAUCCCCACCCUUGGCUCCCAGUGAUUAACAGACCCUUUAUAUCCAACUAGACCUCAUUGUUCUGAGAGAGGCUCCUCCUCCGAGACCUCACCUCCUGCCAUCCUCUAUCCAAAGCCCUAGAUAAGGUGAGUUUCCAGGGAAUUACUCAGCAUUUCAAAUCACUUCCCACCCAAAAAAAACAACCUAUCUCCAGGUCACCAGUGGUCUCCAGCAAAGUGUCUGAUCACCUGGUGUCACAGCUCUUGCACAGUGGACCACCAGCACCAAUGGAGGACCUUACAGCCUAUAGCCUGGACUCCUGUCUGGAUGGAUAUGGUCCCCUCAUGCAAAUAACCCACCAGCCUUGUCUCCAACCUACCAUGGGAUCUGCUAGCUUCUCCAUGACCCGCUGCCUUCCCCAAAACCCCAUGAGGACCUACUGCCCCGGGGCUUAUACUAAUUCUGGAGAUCUACCAAGCUACCCUGAUACCAUGACCAACACAGACUGGCUAGGAGGUUCCCAGGACAUGCGCUACCCACCCUGUAAGUAAACGGUCUUCAUUCUCUCUGCCUUCCACUCAAACGUAGUAAAUAUCAGAAACCGCAGAAUAAAGCUUUAUAUUGGAAGACACAUUCAUUUGUUUUAUCUGAUUCUACUCUAUGGCUUCACUCUUUUAACUGCUAAAUUGUACAAUGUAUGCCAAAAUAGAAAAGAUGCGCAAAAUUCUCCAUUGCAAUUAUUUGUUCCGUUUGGCUAUUUUAAGCUAAAACUUUCAGCUCCCUGGUCAGUUCUCCACUGCUCUCAGAUUAGUGAAUAUACCAGGGUGAUCGGUAAAAAAGUUCCAAAUAUAGGCAUUUUUGUGAUUUACAGACAGGACGGUCAGUGUUUGCUAAAAGUAAAAUUAAUAUAUUCAUAACUUAUUGCUUUGUUUUAUGAUUUUAUAUCAUCUUACGGGCAAUGCCCUCUCUACCUUUUUGUAUUUGUCUGUGUAUAUUGUACGUCCUCCACCAACUUUACUGCGGAAUCUGUUGGCGCUCUAUAAAUACCAGUAAUAAAUAAAUAAUAUCAGACUCUGAAAAAGUACAAUCUGUAGAUAAAGGAGAUUAAAUGUUCAGUUUGCUCUACCGAUUAACAGCCCUCUGCCAAUUAACGACCCUCUCCUAGUUAUUACCCCUCUAACCAUUAAUAUCGUUUUAACAGUUAAUACCCCUCUGCCAGUUAAUGUUGCUUUUCAGUUAAUACCCCUCUGCCAGUUAUUGCCCCUCUACCAGUUAAUAUCCCUCUGCCAGUUAAUACCCCUCUGCCAGUUAGUACCCUUCUACCAGCUAUUGCCCCUCUGCCAGUUAAUACCACUACCCCUUUGCUAGUUAUUGCCCCCCCGUCCAUUAUAAGUGUCUGAGGUUAUGGAGUGAUUUUAUAUUUCGGGCCCCCUGAUUCAAUGGGAGCCCCUUAAGGUACAAUACAACUUGUUUUUAGGUUUUUGUUUUGUUAGAGAAUGCUUUUAUUUUGUUUUGAGCAUUUCUAAAUAAAAAGAAAAAGAAAGUUUGAGUGUGUAAGCUGCGCCCAGGGAAGGAGUGAUUCACUUAUCUGUGUAUCUGUGUAUUUGUGUAUUUUGUCCACAUUAUUGUAGAAAGUACACAGACUUCUCAUCAAUGAAUAGGCUCAUAGCAGAUCCCAUCUUAUCUCCCGCUCCUCCAAUAUUUGUAUUGAGAUAUGUCUGGCCUCAUCACAGGGACAACUCUAUCUGAUCUCCAGAAUCCCAAGAAUUAGUAGCUAUUCAUUGUAUGUCUAUGGCUCACAUGACCCCUUCACUAACAUCACACAAAUUUAGUUUGUUUUAUACCGUCACCAGUUGUUGUUGUGGUGUAUGCGUGUGCAUAUUAUCUCAGUCUAUUUACUAAACAGCAGUUGUGAAAAUCUAAGAACCAAAUGGAAAUGUUUCAGCCAAAAUAGCUGAAUUUCUCAACUUUCCUCAUUAAUCACUAUUUAAUGUAUAGAUACUACAAUGGUCUGUAUUCACUAAACAGUUUGUUAGGACUUGUGAAAUUGCCCCCCUUGUAGUUUAGUGAUCAGUCUGACGUUGUUCCUUUCUCUCCAGCUUUAAGGAUGACUGGAGAUGGUGCUGGGUCGGGAAUAAUAAAUCACAAUAUGGAGGAAAUAUAUCACACAGUAUAUUCUAGGUUUUAUUUCUCUUAAUGUCAAAUUCCGUACAGUAUGAUUAACCAGAAUUUAAUCUUUUUAUGCUUUAAAGAGGAGAAACUAGGCUAGGCAACUACUGCCAUUAUCUUUUUUUAUAACAAUAUCUCCAUCUCAGUUUCCAGAAUCAUUUCUCCUUCUGGAUUUAAUGUGUCUGCAGCUGGAUGUCUGGCAUAUCUCGGAGAAGGACCCAAAACCUCGUUAUACAUCCAGCAUACGUCCAAGAGGAAGAGAAGAGUGCUCUUCUCCCAGGCCCAAGUGUACGAGCUGGAAAAGAGAUUUGAGCACCAGAAAUACCUCACCGCCCCAGAGAGAGAGCAGUUGGCUAAACUCAUUCACCUCACGCCCAACCAGGUAAAGAUUUGGUUCCAGAACCAUCGAUAUAAAAUGAAGAGGCAGGCUCGGAAGAAGGACAUUUUAGGAGACGAAGACUCCACUCCAUACAGUGUGGAGUCUGAUGGGGGCAAGGGCCCCUGUGCGAGUCCCUGUACGUCUAUCGAGGAGUACGCAUCAGGUGAAAUCAAGCUGGAAUACAAGGGAUCCAUCCAAGAACAGCAGAUCAAUACGCAAGCCCUACUUUUGGGACAGGACAUGCUCACGUCAGCUUUAGACCACCAGGCGUUUGAGAAGGCAAGCAGAAAUCUGGUAGCGUGGUGAUUGUCCUUUAUAAAUUCAUAGAUUUAAUGUCAGAUUCUAUUGGACUCUAAAAGAGUACAAUCUCCUGUAACGGCUGUGCAAAGCAUAAAACCAAGCAUAAUUCUGCAGGUUUUCAUGGAUUAAAAUAGCUUUCUUCCUCCAUGGGCUCCUUUGGAAUAACAAGAUAAUGGGCACUUGAAUUCCUGUCGCACAGGAGUGGUUACUGAGCCGAGUGCUUUCUAAGAGAAAUGCCCCAUUGUUUAUCUGUCUGCAGACGAUCCUCGUUGUGCAUUAAAAUAGUUUAGUCAAAUACUCCUUGAUGUAGAUAUUACAAAAUGAACACACAUAAAAGGAGUCUAUUUAUUAAACACUGAAUCGUAACGAGAACGUUGAGCAAUUUAGUAUAAAAUGUCCAAAUCAGCAUUUCUUGCCUUUAAUUCCGCAAUUCAUUUAUGAAUUCAGCACAAUUCAGAAUUUAUUGAAUAAACAUCAAAGUGCAGAGCUUGCAGACCAUCCUGACAAUUCUCGUUGAUCGGAAAAAACGCACCGAACAACCACUCUCAGUCAGCCAAGAUUAAUUUCCAGAUCUGCUUUUAAUUUUUGAACUUUGCAAAUUGCUUGUCAACAUCUAGCCGUUCAUAGAAUAAAUGACAAAAUGUAUUUUUAUUGAGAAAGCAAACUAUGGCCAGCAAUAACUGAAAGAUUUCUUUUUCUUUGAAUAUAGCUUAAUUCAUCGCGUUAUUUUUGUAAACCUUAAAUUCUUUUUUCACAAUAAGAUAACAGUUUUUUACAAGUGACAAGUAUAUUUUCCCAAUAAUUAUGCAGCUUGAAAAAUAUUGGGGAAAAAAACAAAAUCAUUGUUUUGUUCUUUCUUUUAUUAAGAGAGAAUUUCAGAUGAAUAAUGGGUAUAUAAUAAAAUGUAUUCGUUUAGAUUUGAAUCCAUUGCCCACUCGCUGAUCAUUCAAUCUGUUUUAUUUAAUCCAAAUAUAGUGUAUUGAAUGUUUUUAGGUUUUUCCCUGUGCGCUUUGUAAUUAAUAUUUUAAGUUCAGUUUGUGCUACCAUUUAUGUAAAUACAUUGUAAGAUAAUCAUACUGUAU